CGUACUGUGCGUGUGAAAAUAGCACGCAUGCGCGCUCCGGAUUAAACCCCCUACCUAGCUAGCUCUAAGCGUUUGAAAUGGUUGUACAGAUAAAUAUCCGAGUGUACGGUAUUUGGACGUUAACCUAAGCAUUAAUUUAGAUGUAUAGAUAUAGAAUUACCUUUAAAAAGAAGUCUUACCGGAAAGACUUAAGGUUAAAACAUGUAACUAGCUAGUUAGCUUAGCAGCAGAGACACAGCUAUGUAGAAGAAAACAGAGCUAAACGCUGUCAGGAUCUCCAACUGAUUUUUGUUGUAAGCAACAUUUUUCACUAAGAGCUUCUUUAGAUCACAAAGAUCACAGUUUCCUGACAGGGCAGUCUUACUGAGAAUGAAUUAGUAUUUAUCAUCCAGGACUGAUCACCAGACGUUGAUGUGAUCCAUAGGACCACAUGGCCUCAGAAGAAAUGGAGGGCAUGUGCCCUCUUCCAGAGAUGACCACCAUCAAGGUGGAGCCUGCUGUAACGAUUGGCACAGCGGAGGAUGCCAGCUCCCAGAAUGUGGCCAUGGGCCCCAAAUUCAUUUUGCCAAACCGCUUUGACAUGAACGUGUGCUCACGCUUUGUGAAGUCUCUGAACGAGGAAGACAGCAAGAACAUCCAAGACCAGGUGAACUCCGACCUGGAGGUAGCGUCAGUCUUGUUUAAAGCGGAAUGCAACAUUCAGACCUCUCCGUCUCCUGGGAUCCAGGUUAGACACGUAUACACACCUUCCACCACCAAGCACUUCUCGCCGAUCAAGCAGUCGACCACGCUUACCAACAAGCACCGCGGCAACGAGGUCUCCUCCACUCCGCUGCUUGUGCACUCUCUGUCUAUUCACCAGCUUGCAGCACAAGGAGAAAUGAUAUACUUAGCCAGCCGAAUAGAACAAGAGGCAGCAAUAAACCUGCAGGAUGAAGAGGGCUUCACACCGCUAAUGUGGGCUGCAGCUCAUGGUCAGAUUGCUGUGGUGGAGUUUCUACUCCAAAGUGGUGCAGACCCCCACAUUUUGGCUAAAGGAAGAGAGAGUGCAUUAUCACUGGCCUGCAGUAAAGGGUACACAGAUAUCGUCAGAAUGCUCAUUGACUGUGGGGUGAAUGUCAAUGAAUAUGACUGGAAUGGAGGAGCUCCUAUACUUUAUGCAGUGCACGGGAACCAUGUCCGCUGUGUGGAGCUACUCUUAGAGAACGGAGCUGACCCGACCAUGGAGUCUGACUCGGGCUUCAAUGCUAUGGACAUGGCAGUAGCAAUGGGCCAUAGACAUGUUCAGCAGGUGAUGGAAGCACAUCUACUGAAGCUGCUGCAAGGAAUCAAAGAGUGACUGCAACUAGUGAAGACAAACUGGAGGAGCAAAAGGACACAAACAGAAGACUGAUUAUUGCUGUGGAGAUCAUUUAAAGGAAACCCAUGAACUCUCUGCAUGUUUACAUUAGUUUGAAGUUACUGAAGCUAAUUUAAUCUUCCGUUUCUCUCUUUUUUAAGCAUCAUGUUGUUACUGUGUGAAGUUGUAUACUGUGGAUAUUUAUUUAGUGAUGUGGUCUUGUGAAACUAUAGUGUGUUCUCUAUCAGUGUUUUUCUAUGAAAUAACUGUUCUGCAAUAAAGUUGGACAGGCAAAAUAGUAGACUGCACUUCAUGAUUUGUACAAGAAUGGCACACUCCUGAAUAUUUAUUACAAAACUUAAUAGGUUUUAAGGAGUUAUUAUUUCAUAAAUAACUCAAAUAGUGAUGUUACAUUAUCAGCCACUGUUUUCAGCAAAGUGCCAAAUGUUUUAAACUGACUGUCUUUAAAGUGUUCUGAAUUUUAAAUAUAUACAUAUAUUUAUAUACAUAUACAUGUUCUGAAUUUUUUAUAUGAUGUGCUCUUACUUACUCAUGGUCUGUGACCACAUCUAUGU